AGCACCCUCCCUCUGCCUUUACAACUUGGUUUUCUUUCUCGUAGUCCUACUCUGAUUUGAUUGGGAGUUAUUUUUUCCCCAACUCAAGUCUGCUUUGCCACGUUGGUAACGACAGAGUGACCUCUCCCUGUCCUUACCUUCACCCAUGAGCCUUUCGUUUUUUAAUGCAGCUGCCUUCAACACCCCUGAGCUGCCUCAGUUGUGAUAGUGACUGUGGACAGAUUAACUGGAAUGAUAAGUGGCAGCUUUGCAGCCAACUGCUGUUGACAUUUUUGACUUCCAAAACGGCUUGUAAGAGGAACCUGUAAAACUGUUUCUUUAUAAGUUGCUGGUAAGAAGGACUGCCCGUCCUUUCCCUUGAAGACGGCUUCCUUCCCAAGGCACUUUGCUGACUCGAGGCUGCUGAAGGGAUGCAGUGAGCUUCAGGAGGGGUCUCCAGAGAGAGGAACAGUUCCUGGAUGCUGAGAUAUCUGCAGCUGGGGGAGGCAACAGCUGAUUUGCUGCCUGGGUGCUGAGGACAUGAAAUAGUGCAGAGGUUUGGAUGUUGGAGCGUCUCUAGAACAAGCGAGCAGCAGACACUGAAGAUCCCACACGUGGCCAUCGAUGCCUGCAUUUCCUUCCGCAGCUUCAGCCAGAGAGGGAGCAACUGCAGGAGCUCACGAUGCCAAACAACAGCCUGGCCCUGAGCAGCCUGGAUGCGAUUUACAUCGGCAGCGAGUGCCUGGUGGCUUUGUUUGCCACUCUGGGCAACAUCCUGGUGAUCUGGGUGGUGAGGCUGAACGCGGCGUUCCAGAACACGACGCUCUAUUUCAUCGCGUCCCUGGCGCUGGCCGACAUUGCCGUGGGGCUCCUGGUCAUGCCCCUGGCCAUUGUGGUGAGCCUGGGCGUCACCGUGCCCUCCUACAGCUGCCUCUUCAUGUGCUGCCUCAUGGUGGUGUUCACCAACGCCUCCAUCCUGUCCCUGCUGGCCAUCGCCAUCGACAGGUACCUGCGAGUGAAGCUGCCCACCAGAUAUAAAAUAAUCACAACAGAGAGGAGAGUUUGGUGGGCCCUGGGGCUGUGCUGGUCUCUGUCCCUGCUGGGAGGGCUUGUCCCCAUGUUUGGCUGGAACAAGGCAGACCCAAGGAGCUCCAGCUUCCUGAGGUGCCGGUUCAUCUCCGUGAUGAGGAUGGAUUACAUGGUGUAUUUCUGCUUCUUCACAUGGACCCUCGUGCCCCUGCUCAUCAUGUGUGCCCUGUAUGCUGAGAUCUUCUACAUCAUCCGCACAAAGCUCAGCCAAGGGACCGGUGUGAGAGGGGCUGGGGCUUUCUAUGGCCAGGAGUUCAAGACAGCCAAGUCUCUUGCACUUGUUCUUUUCCUGUUUGCAAUAUCCUGGUUGCCUCUGUGCAUUAUAAACUGCGUUUCCUAUUUCUACCCCGAGUCUCAGAUCCCCCCGUAUUUGAUGUACUUGGGAAUCCUCUUAUCCCAUGCCAAUUCUGCCAUGAACCCCAUUGUCUAUGCCUGCAAGAUAAAGAAGUUCAAAACCACGUACCUUUUAAUUUUAAAGACCUAUAUCCUGUGCGAAAAACCAGACCCAGCUCUUAAAGAGCAAACAACAGACCCAGAGUCAUAAACAAAGGUAGAACCCUCCAGUGGGUACCAGACCACUGAUAAACCACCUGGCUUUGCUAAGGAACUCUCGGGAAACUGCAGCAACCUGUAGCUCUGAAGCUGCUCUGAAGCUGUGUGUGAAUAUAUGUCUUUAUGGAAUAUAAUCUCUAAACACAGAAGAUGGAAAUUUUGUCUCGUGUUGAGGGUUUUGGGGUUUUUUAACGUGAGGAUUGGUUGAGUUGAUUGAAAAAUAGGAUGUGUUCUUUGCUGUUCACAGUCCAGCAGCUCACAAGCUCACUGACUGUUCUCACACCAUUUGUCUUGUCUGUCCAUUUAGACUAAACUCGAGUCUGGUCAGCUUGUGCUUCAGCCAGUGUUGUCACAUUUUCAUGAGUAAUAAUAAAUAUUAGAUGGAUUUUACAUUAA